CCCUAACUAAAGAAUAAAAACUACAUUAAUACCUCGAUCACCCGUCUGUAUCAUCUCCUAUAACCCCAAUACAUACCAAACCCAAUGUCCAUCCCCCUCCUCCGCCUCCUCCGAACCACCCCCGCGAAAGCAACAGCAAAAGCGACAGCAAAAGCCAAAUCCAAAACCAAUCCCACCCAGAAGCCCACCUACAACCUCCACAUCGCUUGCCACGUCAAGCCCAACGCCUCUAGCAAGCGCGAGGGGAUCAUCGGCGUCGGGCCCGACCGAGUCGACGUGUGUGUUGCGGCAGUGCCGAAGAACGGGGAGGCUAAUUUGGCUGUGGAGGGGUUAUUUGCUGGGGUAUUUUCCCUUGCUUUCUUUUACUUUCUCAUUUUUUUCCCUAAUUAUAGUCAUUGCUGGAAUUGAUGGUAGAGUGCUAAUAUGAGUGUCUAGGUAUUGCAAGUCUCCAAGUCUCGCGUGGAAGUUAUUCGCGGGUUAAAAUCGCGGGAGAAGA